GUGUGUGUGUGUGUGUGUGUGCGCGCGUGUGUGAGCGCGCGCGCGCCUCGGAGAAGGUGGAUCCGCUCAGUCCGCCGCGAGCCCGCCCCGGGCCCCACGACCCGCCGCUGCGGCCGCUCGUCCGGCCUCCACUGGCGCGGGCCGGGCCGGGGAUGGAGCUACCGCAGCCUGGGCCCGGGAGUCCAGCGGCCUGAGGAGCGGGCGGUGCGCGGGGCUGGGGAAGGCGGGCCGAGGGGAGGGUCCUACGGACCCGGGGGGCGGGCGCGGCGCGCCCCCUCCCUGGCGCGCUCGCUCCCUCCCCCGAGCGCCCUCCCUCACCGCCUCCUCCCGCCGCCUCCGGCCCCCCCUCGCCGGGGACCGAGCGCGCUCGCUCCGGCGCCGGCCUCGCCUCCUCGCAGCAGCGCCAUGGAUGAAUUCCACCCGUUCAUCGAGGCGCUGCUGCCUCACGUGCGCGCCUUCGCCUACACGUGGUUCAACCUGCAGGCGCGGAAGCGCAAGUACUUCAAGAAGCACGAGAAGCGGAUGUCCAAGGACGAGGAGCGUGCAGUGAAGGACGAGCUGCUGGGAGAGAAGGCGGAAGUGAAGCAGAAGUGGGCAUCGCGGCUGCUGGCCAAGCUGCGCAAGGACAUCCGGCCCGAGUGCCGCGAGGACUUCGUGUUGGCCAUCACCGGCAAGAAGGCACCGGGCUGCGUGCUCUCCAACCCUGACCAGAAGGGCAAGAUGCGCCGCAUCGACUGCCUGCGCCAGGCCGACAAGGUGUGGCGCCUGGACCUGGUCAUGGUCAUCCUCUUCAAGGGCAUCCCCCUGGAGAGCACCGAUGGCGAGCGCCUGGUCAAGGCGGCACAGUGCGGCCACCCAGUGCUCUGCGUGCAGCCGCACCACAUCGGAGUGGCAGUCAAGGAGCUUGAUCUCUACCUGGCCUACUUCGUGCGGGAGAGAGACGCGGAGCAGAGUGGCAGUCCCCGGGCCGGGAUGGGCUCCGACCAGGAGGACAGCAAGCCCAUCACGCUGGACACAACUGACUUCCAGGAGAGCUUCGUCACCUCUGGUGUGUUCAGUGUCACCGAGCUCAUCCAAGUGUCCAGGACACCUGUGGUGACUGGAACAGGACCCAACUUCUCCCUGGGGGAGCUGCAGGGGCACUUGGCAUAUGACCUGAAUCCAGCCAGUACCGGCAUGAGAAGAACGCUACCCAGCACUUCCUCCAGUGGGAGCAAACGGCACAAAUCGGGCUCGAUGGAGGAAGACGUGGACACAAGCCCUGGUGGCGAUUACUACACGUCGCCCAGCUCUCCCACGAGUAGCAGCCGAAACUGGACGGAAGACAUGGAAGGAGGCAUCUCAUCCCCGGUGAAGAAAACAGAGAUGGACAAAUCACCUUUCAACAGCCCGUCUCCCCAGGACUCACCGCGCCUCUCCAGCUUCACCCAGCACCACCGGCCCGUCAUAGCAGUGCACAGUGGGAUCGCCCGGAGCCCUCACCCGUCCUCAGCCCUGCACUUCCCCACCACCUCCAUCCUGCCCCAGACGGCUUCCACCUACUUCCCUCACACAGCCAUCCGCUACCCGCCUCACCUCAACCCCCAGGACCCACUCAAAGAUCUCGUCUCACUGGCCUGCGACCCGGCCAGCCAACAGCCUGGACCGUUAAAUGGAAGUGGUCAGCUCAAAAUGUCCAGUCACUGCCUUUCUGCUCAGAUGCUGGCACCCCCGCCCCCUGGGCUGCCGAGACUGGCGCUUCCCCCUGCCACCAAACCCACCCACGAGGGAGGAAGCACGUCACCGACCUCACCCUCCUACUCUACGCCCGGCACGUCCCCUGCAAACCGUUCCUUUGUGGGAUUAGGACCAAGGGAUCCAGCGGGCAUUUAUCAGGCACAGUCCUGGUAUCUGGGAUAAGAAGGAUUUCUUCCCACGCCCUGCUCCUUCAUCCCGGGGGUGCUGCGCAGCCGGCCCCCAGCCCACGUUUUCGGUGGAAAGUUAGAGCAAGCAAGAACAUCCCGCCGACUCCCAGCCCAGCUGAAAAGACAAAACACACAAACACAUACACACAGGAGGAAAAAAAAAAGAGAAAAAAAGGCCAAAAAAAAAGACAAAUGGGAAAAAAAUCAUAAAAAUAAACCCACCCAAGCAAGAAGACAAAGGUGAAGAAGACUGCAACGCUUCGGACUCUCGGGACGCCACAGCUAGACCUGCCGCCCGCCCCUCAGCCGGGCCUGCCGCCCCUCGGUGGAGGGCUGAGGAUCUAACAGUGCCACGGGGGUCUCCCUUAGUUACUCAUCUCUCGCUGCUGCUCGGGAAGGGCAGGUGCCUGCCUCCACCUCCACCAGGACCAGGUGAGCACAGCCUGGUGCCCACGACAGUGCCCAGGCCCCAUGGGGCAGGACACCCAGAAAGGCCACCUCUCCCCCGCACCCCCAUCGUCACCUCCGCCAGGAUGUCGGCCAGGCUUCCCACACUGGUGUUGGUAUUUCCAAGCAGAAAGGCAGGCACUGAGGAGGCCGGUGUGGGCAGGGAAGUGACAAGGGCAGAAGAGGGUUAUGGGAGCCCCUGGUCAUCACCAGGGGACAAGGACGCGUGGCAGAUUCUUUCUCAGGAGUGCCCUGCGGUCAGCCAUGGGAUGUCCGCCUGCGUGCAUGUGCUGGGCUGGCUUGGGACUUGGCCUUUCAUCCCCACGCCUGUCUGUUUGGGAGGAGAAGUCUCUAUGCAAUUGCCCCCCCAGCCCCACACCCAGCGGCAUAGAAGGCCACCCCCCACUGCACCUGCCUGCGGCUCCACACCCCCAGGGUCGGGGUCCACGUUGCACACACUGUAAGAAAUGCACUUUCCAAGGAAGGGGCUGUGGGGGCAGAAUGGAAAGACCCAGAGGUCUUCAAGAAAGGGGGUCAUCUGGAGUCUCCAUCCACUGAGCCCUGGGAGGGGAGGACCCCCCACUUACCCAGAGGAGGUGGGAGGUGACAGUGAGUGGAUUAAGUGCCUGAUUCCCACCGCCCGCCCCUCUUUGUCCAGCUGAGACGUGAGAGUGGCCGUGGGCAUCCCCACCCCUCCCCCACAACCCUGCCACCUCCAGUCCCCGACCCCUCAUUGCUAUGCUCCCCUCAGAGAGAUGGGGACCCCCAGUGGGCCUGAGGGGCAGAGCUGGGUGUCCCCCGAGCAUCCUGCCAUGCUGGGGCGCGGGGGGCAGGGGCGAGGUCUGGGGAAACCGGUGUCCCCUCCCCCCCACGCCUUCUCUGCCAGUGCCUUACAUCCUGGAGCGACACCCCCUCCCUGGUGCCUCUCAGCCCAAAGGGGGACUACAGUUUGCACUUUUAUUUCCCCCCAAAAUGGGCACAGCCAGGGAGGUGCAUUGCAGCUGGGCCCCUAGAAGGACUGCAAUUUGUGUGAUCCUGGACGGGGUGGGGAGUUCUGGCGGAGGGGGUGCCAGCACCUCUGGGCCCCUGUGCUGCACAGGGGGCCUCCCAUCUGCUAAGCGUUUUCCGUUGAGCCGCUCCAAAAACACUAAGCUGGGGACACCGGGUACCCCCCUACCCCGGGUCCCCAGCCCCAUUCCCGCCCCACCCCAGGAUGGCCAUCUUGGGUGGGGGGCCUGGGAGGGAGUGUUAGGUGUUCUAGGGUCAUAGGACCCAAACACAGAGACCCCUCCCAGCCCAUCCAUCUGAGCCCCCGCUGGCCACCUCCAGCCUCCAUGCCUGGCGCUGAGGAAUAUGUACCCCACCAUGACCCCUACCCCGGGCCUAGGCCAAAGCUAUUUCCCCAAGCAGGGCCUCCGCCUCAUCUGCUCCCAGCCUGGCCCUCUGCUCCUUCUCUUGGUACCCCUGGGCCUGGCCCCCCUCCCCCCACCCCAACACCUCCAGAAACCAGACUUUCCUCCCAAACCAGCCCAAGGGGCUUGGCAAACCCACUUGAUCAUACAGAGAAAGACCCAAGGCCCUUCCCCAUCAACACCCCCCUCCCAUUGUCCAGAGGGGUUCGAGAACCCUUGGUCUGUCCAUGAACCCCCAGGGCCCCUCAGGGUGGCCAUUGGGGGCCAAAGCAUGGGCCGCUCUUCGGGAGGGCAGCUAGGGUAUCCGGAAGCUUCUCGGCCGGGAACCUUAGGGUGCAGGUAGGCGUGGUAGGGGAGGGGGCGCCCGGCAGCCCCCAGCGAUCUAACUUUGCAUGGUGCUUAGUCGAGGACUCCUGUGACCUGGCUCCUGCCGGCAGCUCGCUGGAGCUGACACUGCAUGGCAAACUGUACCCGGCUCUGUCUCCCAUCCCCAGCCUCCUAGCCCCCACUACUGCCCCCUCCUCCUUAAAAAAAGAUUCAAAAAAAUACCUUGAAAAAGUCCAUGUUUCCUAAUUUGCACGAAAUUUUUUACCACAUGAUGUGCCUUGCCUUCCGAAAAUAAGUAUUACCUUUAAACAAUAUCAGCGCGAAGGUAGCUGCAUGCCCUGCUCGUGUAGUUAAAAAGAAAAAGACAAAACAAUGACAUGAAAUAAAAAGUAAAAAUGGAAAA